AUGGUUCUCUACCACACCGCCACCAACACCUACGCCCAUCCCUUCCCCGCCGUAACCCUCGCCUACUUCCUUCGAUACUCGUCCCCUACCAUUAAUCCUUUUGCCGGCCAUGUCCUCAGCACCGACACCAUUUCGAGCGAGGUCGAUUCCAAGACCGGUCGCCUACACAUGACCCGCAUCCACCUCAAGAAGUCGAGGAUGCCCUCUGCCAUCUUCAAGCUUCUCCCCGCCGGUGUCACGGGCGGAAAAUCAGCCGAGAAGGCAAGCUAUAUCCUCGAAACGAGCGUAGUCGACAUACGCGAAGGCUGGAUGCGCACGGAGAGCCGAAACCUCAACUUUGCCGGCGUUCUCAGCGUCAUUGAACAACAAACAUACAAGAUACCCGACGCUUCCAGAGCCCCAACCAAGAUUGGAAGCGAAUCUAGCACCGAGGAUGUCCGGGAGGACCGCUGGCUCUCGGGCUGGAUGGGUCGGAGAAUUCGUGGCAGCAUCGAGAAGAUGGCCUCUACCAAAACUGUCGACCAGCUUGGCAAGAGCCGCGAGGGCAUGAGGGUCGUCCUUGAGACGAUCCGCCACUCUGGUGUCAUGGGCGUUCUGGAGAUGGUUCGGAGAGAGAGGCAAACUCGCAUGGCCUAA